CUGGAUUUAGCUAAGGUCUAAACCGGGAACAGGCAAAUAAGCUAAGGUAAAUAGUGCGCUACAACUGCCCACCCCUUGUUUCGCAGUGCUGCCGGGAUGCGCUUUCUCGUCAUUGGUGGUAGUGGUUUCUUAGGCUCUCACAUCAUCGAAGCUCUUAGAGCCCGUCGAGUCGAUUAUAAACAACCGAUAUCGAUUGCGGUCUAUGACAUCGUGAAGCCGCUUCCCGAAGAAACAAUUGACGCAGUCACGUACUAUGUGGGCGAUAUUGUCAACGAGGCCAAAUUGACGGAGGUCAUGAAGGAAUUCCAGCCAAAUCUGGUCUUCCACACUGCAUCACCCCUACACGGGCUACCACCUGCCGUUUACUAUCGCGUCAAUGUAGAGGGGACACGUACCGUUUUCUCUAGUUGUCGUGCAGCGUCCGUUAAAAACGUCAUAUACACAUCCUCCAUGGGCGUAAUAUGGACUGGAGCCGAGUUGGAUGGUGUUUCGGAGGAUCAAGUAUCUAUUCCAAAACACGGCUACGACGCGUAUCACCACACAAAAGCUGCAGCUGAGCUUAUUUCUCUCGACGAAAACGGUGUCGAUGGCAUGCGUGUCGUCGUCUUGCGACCUUGUGGAAUCUUCGGUGAAAGAGAUAAACAAAUGUUCUGGAGAAUGGCCGAAGUCUUAGAAAAAGGCCAACAAAAUGUCCAAAUCGGUUCCAACACCAGUCUUGUCGACUACGCCUACGUAGGAAACGUCGCCCACGCCCAUGUACUCGCUGCAGACAAAUUGCUCACAGAACCAGAUACUGUCACUGGUCAAGUUUUCUUCAUUACGAACGGGACCCCGAUGACGCAUUGGAACUUUGCUCGAAUGGUGUUCAAAGCACUUGGGGAUGAUGGUACCAAGAAGGUUGUAGUGAUUCCACGUUCUAUUGCUAUGGUCAUGGCGGUCAUAGCAGAGAUUUGGGCGAAGAUAACGGGGCAACAAACCACCUUCACCCGGUUCAGUAUUGCGUCUGUGACCAAUGUUCAGUGGUUCAAUAUUGAGAAGGCACGUAAGAUUCUGAAUUACGAACCCCAAGUUUCUCUUGAAGAAGGAGUACAACGUACUGCCCAGUGGUGGAAGAAGUCGGGGGCUACUCAGCACAAAGCUCAGGAGAAAAAGAAUGUCUGAAGGCGACAGUAAAUUUAUCCUAGCAACGAUAUCUGUGGAUCUCUUUACAACCCCGGCGUUACUUAGAUUCCAGCCAACCAACAGACAGUUUAACUUACAGAAUUUCUUCGAACUGUAAUUAUCCAUCAAAUUCAUGAGGAAGUACAUUAGAUUGCACUCGAU